UCUCUCUCUACUUUAUAAAGCAACAAAGCACUAAGACCUAUCUUAUUGGGCACCAAACUAGAGGGAGGGGGAAUAAUAACAAGAAGAGAAUGGAGAGAGGGGAGAGAGAGGAGAGAGUGGUGGUGAAGGGAGAGGGAAAGGUGAUGGAUGUGAGCCUCAAAGAGCUCUCAGGGAUGCUUGAGGAGUUUGCAAAGGAGAGAGAUUGGGAGAAAUAUCAUAGCCCAAGGAAUCUCCUACUUGCCAUGGUUGGCGAAGUGGGCGAGCUCUCGGAAAUAUUCAUGUGGAAGGGAGAAGUCGCGAGGGGGCUACCGAAUUGGAAGGAGUCGGAAAAGGAGCAUUUAGGCGAAGAGCUCUCGGAUGUCCUAUUGUACCUGAUCAGAUUAGCUGAUAUAUGCGACAUCGAUCUCGCUGAUGCAGCGACGAGAAAGAUUGAGAAGAACGCGGUUAAGUACCCUGCGACGAUUAUACGAGAAUAGUCCUUCAUCAUCCCUUCCCUUCCCCUGAGUUGCAAUAAAUUUGAGCUUUGGAACAGUCAUGUUAAACUAUAUACAACUCUUAUAAGAGUUUUGUGGCUACUAAUGCUUUUCUAUAUUUUGUUGGUUGUUUGGUUU